AUGGAGAUUGGGAAGCUUUCUGUCAUUCCUGAAUCAUAUACUUUUCAACGACCAAAAAAAAAAAAAGAAGUGUUUCAUGCAAAACACAAAGCAGUUUGCCUUUUCUCUUCAAGCAACGCAGAGCCAAGGAAAGUGGCCUCUGGCUGGUGAUGGUUUUGAAAAGGCGUGGAUGCUGCGGUCAGGUUCGCGGGAUGGCGGCCUCCCCCACCCCGGCGGCGGCCAGGCAGACCUCAGAGCCCGCGCCAGCCACCCUCGGCAGCCUGGAAGGGGAUGAAGAUCAGAGCGGCAGCAUCUUCUCUGGCUAUGCGGGAGUCCUGGCUGUCCUCCUGGUCGUCACUCCUUUCUGCAUCGUGUGGAGCAGGCGCAAGUGGAAGAAACGGCGAUCUCCUUACCUCCAAGUGACUGACAUACGCUCGCUGACUCUGCCUCCAGCCAGACAACGAGCCAAAAAUAUUUAUGACCUCUUGCCUCGGCAGCAAGAUGAUCUAGGGAGACAUCAGUUAAGAAGUAGCCGUGUGUUCAGUGCCGAGAGCCUCCUCUCCAGAAACUCCCCCAGCCCUGAGCACACGCUCUCCCAAGAGGAUGACGCCCACCAGCUGGACAGAGCCCAUAUCCCCCCUGUCGGGUACACGGUGGGUAUCUAUGACAAUACCACCGUGCCCCAGAGGUGUGGACACCUUGCUCCCUCCACAUACUACAUCCCAGCAUCCAGGGGCAGCGUGAGCAUUUCUUCAGAGGAGUCCAAUGACUAUGUCAAUGUCACUGCUGCAGAAGAAGCUGCUGAGACGCUAACUCCCACCAACAACCUGCUUGGAAAUCUGUUUGCUGUUCCCUGUACCCUGGAGCGGGAGUUGACUGAGGAAAGGUAUGCAGGCCAUGGGGACACCAAUGGCUGCCCUGAGGCUCCAAGCACUGAAGACAGUGACCCACACAACUGUGGAGAAGAUUCCUCUCAGUCGUCAGAUGACUAUGUCAAUGUGACAGGCUUAGAUCUUGGAGAUACCCAGGAGAUACAGCCCUGGGUGGCUUUUCAGUGCUAUGGAGAUUAUGAAAAUGUUCCACCAGCAACUCCCAAUGGAAGCCAGCAGCAGGCCGUGGAAGAAGUUGUCUGUGCACAAACGGACCACAGAGAGGACCACACACCAGGUCCAGGGACCCACAGCCAACCUGUCUCCAAGAGAUCCCUGUCUCCAGGGAAUUAUAUGGCCUUUCAGCCACCCACAAAGAAUGGGAACAGUCAGGUGACAUGUGGGGGAAAGAUGUCAGAUGAAAACUCUCAUGACUAUGAGAAUGUACUAGCUGCAGACUCAGAAGGCGGGAACCAGGAGCAUGAAGGAGCGCCCAAGUACCCAGCUGGAAAGCCAAACGGGGUGACACACUCUGCUGGGUCCCCGGCCACUGCAAAGCCUAGUGAAGAUCCUUGAGCACUCUAGUGGCCCAGCGGCUUCAUGGUUUAGGUCAAGUAGAGGUUUAGAUGGCUAGGAAUGUGGCUUAGUGGUAGAUUCCUUGCAUGAAGCCCUGGGUUCGAUUCCUCAGCACCACAAAAACAGAA